CUUUAAAUAAUGCAGUGUUAUGAAUAUGUUUAUCAUCCUUAUCCCCUCCUACCUCAGCUCGGUGAAGAUGCUUGCACUUUUUGCUCUACUUUUUGUCACCCUUUUACCUGAUACCUUGCAAGCUUGUAAAGUAGGAGAUGUUUACCAGUCUGUGGAUUAUGUCAGUAACAUUGGAGGGAGGUGGUAUCUCAAUGUUGCUGUACCAGCAACAUGUUCAGGAUCUAUUAACAGUUAUGAAGUAGAUUUUUAUGAUAACAGUUUGAGUGAAGAUACAACUUAUCGCAUUACUCUUGCUGUAUGGCGACCAAUCAAUUCAACAACUUAUGAAAUUGAUUCAUUUACAACAAAGCAAUCCACAUAUACUCAUAACAAUAAACGACGUAGAAAAAGAGCCUUAAUAGCUAGGACAUUUUCAAUCAGUCCAGUAGUUGGUGUGCGUAAAGGAAGUAUUAUAGGAGUAUAUCUAGACAAUACUAAUCCAUUACCAGUCAUUGGAAACAAACCAGGCGAAACUGAUAUCAAUGGUGUGCCUAUUGGUGCUUGUGUUACAACAGCAUCAUCUAGCACUACAAUACUUACUUGUACUGGAAGCAACCAAGUAUCUACUAAUGUGAUACAUGCUGAAGCUGAUAUUAAUAUAGUCAACUGUAAUACUCCACCUACUGUUAGUAAUGCUAUGUACUCUCAAUUAGAUGGUGAUAUACAGUAUGGAGCUAGAGUCCAAUACAACUGUAGUACUGGAUAUAAUAUUAAUGGAAAUGAUAUUAUAUCAUGUCUACUGAAUGCAUCAUGGUCUUCACCAACUCCAUCUUGUUCAUUAGUAAACUGUGGUAAUCCUGGUGAACCAGCUAAUGGAUAUACUAAUGAUAAUGUAUUUACUUAUCAGUCUACAGUACAGUAUCAAUGUAAUGAAGGAUAUCAACUAUCAGGUGACUCAUCUAUUGAAUGUACAGCUAAUGGUAAUUGGAACAAUACACUACCAAACUGUCCAAUAAUUAAUUGCACUGAUCCUGGUACACCCAACAAUGGAGAAAGGACUGGAGUGAAUUUCUAUUUCAAUUCAACAGUUUCUUACAGUUGCAAUACUGGAUAUAGUUUAACAGGAGCUGCCUCUAUUACUUGCUUAGCUACCGGCCUGUGGAGUUCACCAGUACCUUCCUGUCCUCCAGUUAAUUGUGGUGAUCCUGGUACACCUGCCAAUGGAAACAAGAGCAGCAGUGUAUAUACUUAUAGCUCAGUAGUAUCUUAUCAGUGUAUUAGUGGAUACUCUAUAUCAGGAGCUGAUACUCUGUCAUGCUUAUCUACUGGUUCAUGGAAUGGUUCAGUUCCUUAUUGCUAUCCUGAUUGUAUUGAUCCUGGUGAUCUCUCUAAUGGGCAGAGAGCUGGUGAUACUUUUAACUACAAUUCAGUUUUAUCAUACACUUGUAACACUGGGUACAAUCUAACAGGAGAAAGCUCAAUUACCUGCCUAUCUAAUGGUACAUGGAGUAAUAUGAUGCCUUCUUGUAUUAUAGUUAACUGUAGUGAUCCAGGUACACCCACUAAUGGAGAAAGGUUUGGUGAUGUAUUCACAUAUGGAGCUGAGGUGGUUUAUAGCUGUAAUGAUGAGUAUAGUCUUGUUGGUAGUCAGGCU